CUUUUGUUGGAUGGACAAGUGGAUGGACCUGACUAUUGGAAGAAUGGAAGAUGAGACCCCGAAAGAGCUAAAAGCUUCACAUAAUCAAGGGUCACGGAGAGUUCCAAGCCUCGUUCCUGUCCCCUUCGUUCCUUCCUGUUCCUGGGGACACUGUCGCUGAGUUCCAGGUGCCUCUUUGCGCUGUGAGGGCCAGGAUGCGUCGGGAGAAAGGCCUCGUGCAGCCCCUAAACUGUAGGCCUUCGCAUCCCCGCGGACCAGCACGGGCAUGGCACCGGAGGGUUUAGGCGCCAGGCACCUUAUCCAACACCCGAAAUCGCUUUGAAUGCAUGGGACUGACACGGACGGAGAGUCCCCUGGCUAAACUGCUGCCUCCCUGCUCCCUAGGAGGAUGGAUAGGCGGGACCAGCGAGCGCUGCGGGUUCCAAGCUGGUUUGGGCAUCGCCUGUCUGGUCGGUGGGAGGAGGGCCGAAGAGCGGUGCCACGCCGGUGUCCAAUCGGACGUGACCUUCACGUUUGGCCUGGGGAGACUAAGGCAAUGCAUCGCAGCAUCUCCAAGGGCAGGAUUCCUCUGGCCCCCGCAGCCCGAAGCCAGGAGAUCUGUCAGGUGGUUGCCAGAUCUCAGCCCGUCCAGGACCCCCCUCAAAGAACUGUGCUAGGGCUGCUAACUGAAAAUGGGCAGUACAGGAGGACGUGUGGCCAGGGAAUCGCAACCAUCAGGUGCUUCUCUGGAUCAGAAAAUGUGUUCCCUCCAGCUGGAAAGAAACUGAUAUCUAACUGUAUGGUCCAUGUGCCAGCCAAACAAGGCUUUGAUAUCUAUGUAGAUGAACCAGAGCAUGGAGAGACAUGUAGCUGUAGCUGCACUGUUAGAGAAGAGAUCGAGUAUGAAGAUGUGUAUGAUGUGGACACCAGCACCCUGAAAUCAGACCUCCACUUCCUGCUGGAUUUUAGCACAGUUUCUCCUAUGUUGGUGGAUACAUCUCUGCAAUCACAGUUUGAGGAUCAUUUAGAUAUUGGUACAGAUGUAAUAAAUGUGACUGAAUAUGCUGAAGAAAUUCAUCAAUACCUUAGAGAAGCUGAAAUGAAAUACAGACCAAAGGCCCACUACAUGCGGAAGCAGCCUGAUAUCACAGAAGGAAUGCGUACCAUUUUAGUGGAUUGGCUGGUAGAGGUUGGGGAAGAAUACAAACUUCGAGCUGAAACUCUGUACCUGGCUGUCAAUUUCUUGGACAGGUUUCUUUCGUGCAUGUCUGUUCUCAGAGGGAAAUUGCAGCUUGUAGGAACAGCAGCCAUUCUGUUGGCUUCGAAAUAUGAGGAGAUUUAUCCACCAGAGGUUGAUGAAUUUGUCUACAUAACCGAUGACACUUACACAAAACGGCAGCUCUUAAGAAUGGAGCACCUGCUCCUGAAAGUGCUGGCCUUUGACCUGACGGUGCCCACUACCAACCAGUUCCUUCUUCAGUACUUAUGGAAGCAAAGAGUCUGUCUAAGAACUGAGAACUUGGCCAAGUAUGUUGCAGAACUAAGCCUCCUUGAAGCUGACCCAUUCUUGAAAUAUGUUCCUUCACUUAUUGCUGCAGCUGCUUAUUGUCUGGCAAACUAUACUGUGAACCGGCACAUCUGGCCAGAAACCCUGGCUGCCUUCACUGGGUAUUCAUUAAGCGAAAUAGUUCCUUGCUUGAGUGAUCUGCACAGAGCAUGCCUUGAUAUCCCCCAUCGACCUCAACAAGCAAUUAGGGAAAAGUAUAAGGCAUCAAAGUACCUGCAUGUCUCCCUUAUGGAACCACCUGCAGUUCUUCUUCUGAAAUAAAAUUCCAGAAAUAAGCACUUAAUCUCAAGAUCAACAGUGUUGAUUUUUGUAUUUUUAUAGGGCACUGCAGGUCAGGUCAGCAAGUGUUGCUAAACAUAGCUGACACUUUUUAAAGAUGUAAAUGUAUUAAAGGUCAUUGAGACUUAGGUAGCUUGUAAUAUAGAUUAAUUUUUUUAAAUAAAAAACUUAC